GAACUCUCCCGCCACUGGGAGAGAGCGGCUGUCAGCGCGGGUGUUUCUUUCAGCCUGGCUGCUGGCUGGUUAAACAAUCUACUGCGGCUUUAUUUGGGACGGAGAGAAGCCGUGGAGUUGGAAGCUUGUGAGCUGACCUGGUGGGACCGAGUGACAGGUGGUCAAGAUGCAGUUCUCAGGAAGGAUCCGGAAGAAGCUGCGAUUGGCGGGUGACCAGAGAAAUGCUAGUUACCCUCACAGCCUUCAGUUUUACCUGCAGCCGCCUACUGAAAACAUAUCGUUGACGGAGUUUGAAAACUUGGCUUUUGACAGAGUUAAAUUGCUUAAAGCAAUUGAGAACCUCGGUGUGAGCUAUGUGAAAGGAACCGAACAAUACCAGAGUAAAUUGGAGGCCGAGAUUCGAAAGCUCAAGUUUUCCUACAGAGAGAACCUGGAGGAUGAGUAUGAGCCACGGCGAAGGGACCACAUCUCCCACUUUAUCCUACGCCUCGCGUACUGCCAGUCGGAAGAUCUUAGACGAUGGUUUAUUCAACAAGAAAUGGAUCUGCUUCGGUUUCGAUUCAGUAUUUUACCAAAGGAUAAAGUCCAGAGUUUCUUGAAGGAUAGUCAUUUGCAUUUUGAGGCUAUCAGUGACGAGGAGAAGACCCUUCGGGAACAGGAUAUCAUGGCGUCCUCUCCAAGCCUAAGUGGGAUCAAGUUGGAGUCAGAGUCAGUUUAUAAGGUCCCCUUUGCUGAUGCUCUGGACCUGUUCAGAGGAAGGAAAGUCUACUUGGAAGAUGGCUUUGCUUAUGUGCCACUUAAGGACAUCGUGGCCAUUAUCUUGAACGAGUUUAGAGCCACGCUGUCUAAGGCUUUGGCAAGGGCUGCCGCUGUUGAGCACUUUACCUGGAAACAGUCUAAACCUUCUGGUUCUCUGGCGUCGGCUGCUGUUAGAUUGCUUUGGUGUGGGUCAGAGGGAGAGCCGACCACAAUUUGGAGCUAUUGGUUUGCACCUUGCCACAGUGGACAGACAGAGCCACCCAGCCACAGGCUUGUGUGCAAAACAGCAAAAUCUGUCAAGGGCUGGUCUUUCCUUCUGAGUGACAGUGUGGCCCAGAGUCCUGCUUACCCUCCUGUAUAGUCACUACCAUUCAGUGGUUCCUGUAUAGUUACUGUAUAGUCACUAUCAUUCAGUGGUUUCUGUAUAGUUACUGUAUAGUCACUACCAUUCAGUGGUUCCUGUAUAGUUACUGUAUAGUCACUAUCAUUCAGUGGUUCCUGUAUAGCUCCUGUAUAGUCACUAUCAUUCAGUGGUUCCUGUAUAGCUCCUGUAUAGUCACUACCAUUCAGUGGUUCCUGUAUAGUUACUGUAUAGUCACUACCAUUCAGUGGUUCCUGUAUAGUUACUGUAUAGUCACUACCAUUCAGUGGUUCCUGUAUAGUUACUGUAUAGUCACUACCAUUCAGUGGUUCCUGUAUAGUUACUGUAUAGUCACUAUCAUUCAGUGGUUCCUGUAUAGUUACUGUAUAGUCACUAUCAUUCAGUGGUUCCUGUAUAGUUACUGUAUAGUCACUAUCAUUCAGUGGUUCCUGUAUAGCUCCUGUAUAGUCACUACCAUUCAGUGGUUCCUGUAUAGUUACUGUAUAGUCACUACCAUUCAGUGGUUCCUAUAUAGCUCCUGUAUAGUCACUAUCAUUCAGUGGUUCCUGUAUAGUUACUGUAUAGUCACUAUCAUUCAGUGGUUCCUGUAUAGUUACUGUAUAGUCACUAUCAUUCAGUGGUUCCUGUAUAGCUCCUGUAUAGUCACUAUCAUUCAGUGGUUCCUGUAUCGCUCCUGUAUAGUCACUAUCAUUCAGUGGUUCCUGUAUAGCUCCUGUAUAGUCACUACCAUUCAGUGGUUCCUGUAUAGCUACUGUAUAGUCACUACCAUUCAGUGGUUCCUGUAUAGUUACUGUAUAGUCACUAUCAUUCAGUGGUUCCUGUAUAGCUCCUGUAUAGUCACUACCAUUCAGUGGUUCCUGUAUAGCUCCUGUAUAGUCACUACCAUUCAGUGGUUCCUGUAUAGUUACUGUAUAGUCACUACCAUUCAGUGGUUCCUGUAUAGUUACUGUAUAGUCACUAUCAUUCAGUGGUUCCUGUAUAGUUACUGUAUAGUCACUAUCAUUCAGUGGUUCCUGUAUA